AUGUCUUUCGACGGUGACGAGAAGAGGCUUUCUGCCGACCUCGAUAUCGAGAAGCAGGGCCUCCCCUACAAGGAGCAGGUCGCGCCUGUCGCCGGCCUUGACGAAGAGGAUCCCAACUUCGACCCCGAGGCGGUACAGUUCGAGAAUGACUCGCCCUACCCCGAGGUUCGCUCCGCCGUGUCCAACACGGACGACCCCGACAUGCCGGUCAACACCCUCCGCGCUUGGGUUGUCGGCCUCAUCUGGUCCAUCCUCAUUCCUGGCGUGAACCAGUUCUUCUUCUUCCGCUACCCCUCGGUCACUAUCGGUCCCCUCGUCCCCUUGCUGCUCACUUUCCCGGUUAUGCGUCUCUGGCAUCGCAUCAUGCCCAAUGUCAAGCUCUUCGGCGUUUCGGUCAACCCCGGUCCUUUCACCGUCAAGGAGCACGUUCUUGUCAACGUCAUGGCCACUGUCGGCGCUAGCUCUGCUUACGCUACCGACAUUGUAGCCGUCCAGAAGGUCUUCUACAACCAAGACCCGUCUUUCGGCUACCAGUGGAUGAUGGUCAUGUCCACCCAGCUCAUCGGUUUCUCUCUCGGCGGUAUCUGCAAGCGCUUCCUCGUUGCUCCCCCGAGUAUGAUCUGGCCCGCCAACCUUGUCUCCGCCACCCUGUUCAACACCCUCCACGGCAGGACGACCGCCGGUGACAACGCUCGUGGCGGUAUCUCCCGCGAGCGUUUCUUCCUCUACGUCUUCUGCGGUUACUUCUGCUGGAACUUCGUGCCGAGCUACCUCUUCACCGCCUUGUCCUACUUCCCGUGGGUUACGUGGAUCGCCCCCAACAACAAGGUCGUCAACCAGCUCUUCGGCACGGAGACUGGCCUGGCUAUGUCUCUCCUCACGUUCGACUGGGCGCAGAUUGCCUACGUGCAGAGUCCGCUUCCGAUCCCGUGGUGGGCUCAGGCGAACAUCGCCUUCGCCGUCGUGCUCUUCUACUGGAUCAUCACGCCCAUCGUCUACUACAAGAACGUCUGGUAUGCGAAGUUCCUCCCGAUGGUCAGCAGCCACUCCUUCGACAACACCGCGGUUCGUUACAACGUCACGGCCAUUCUCACACCCGAGGGCAACUUCGACGAGGCGGCGUACAAAGCUUACAGCCCGCUUUUCAUCCCCGCCGUCUUCGCCAUCUCUUACGGUCUCUCGUUCGCGUCCAUGACCGCCAUCAUCGUCCACAUCUUCCUCUACUACCGCAAGCAGAUUUGGACUCAGGCGCGCCGCUCGCUCUCGGAGCAGCCCGACAUUCACGCUCGCCUCAUGUCCGUCUACAAGGAGGUACCCGAGUGGUGGUAUGCCAUCAUCUUCGUGACCAUGUUCAUCUUUGGUAUCAUUGUCGUCGAGGUUUGGCAUACCGGGAUGCCCGUCUACGCCUUUGUCAUCGCGCUCCUCAUCUCCAUCUCCCUCACGGUUCCCAUCGGUAUCAUCCAGGCCAUCACCUCCAACCAGCUUGGUUUGAACGUCAUCACUGAGUUGAUCAUUGGUUACAUGGUUCCCGGCCACCCCAUCGCCAUGAUGCAGUUCAAGACCUGGGGCUACAUCACCAUGACUCAGGCCCUGCAGUUCACGCAGGAUCUCAAGCUCGGUCACUACAUGAAGAUCCCGCCGCGCCCUAUGUUCUGGUGCCAGGUCGUCGCGACCGUCAUCGCCGGUACCGUCCAGCUCGGUGUCCAGUCGUGGCUCUUCUCCAACAUCGCCGGCAUCUGCACGAGCGAGGCGGACAACGGCUUCUCCUGCCCCAGCACCACUGUCUUCGGCACGGCGUCCGUCAUCUGGGGUGUCAUUGGUCCCCAGCGCCAGUUCUCAAAGGGCCAGAUGUACUACGGCCUCACGUUCUUCUUCCUCGUUGGCGCUCUUGCUCCCAUCGCUCAGUACGUGAUGCACAAGAAGCUCCGCUGGAACUGGAUGAAGUAUGUCAACUUCCCCGUCAUCUUCUCCGGCACUGGCUACAUCCCGCCCGCGACGCCGCUCAACUACGUCCCGGCCGCCAUCGUCGGUUUCAUUUUCAACUACGUUAUCCGUCGCCGCAACUUCGCCUGGUGGUCGAAGUACAACUACGUGCUGUCCGCCGGUCUCGACUCGGCGUACGCCAUCGGCACGAUCAUCAUCUUCUUCUGCCUCCAGUACCCGCGCAGCGGCACGAUUGGUGCCAACACCAUCCAAACGUGGUGGGGCAAUGCCGGCUGGUACAACACCGUCGACGGCAGCGGUACGCCGUACUACGAGCUUGCUGAGGGCCAGACUUUCGGCCCUACGUCUUGGUAA